GGGUGGGUGAGGGAGGCGCGGAGGCGACGAGCCGGGCAGUGGUCAGCGAGCCGCGCGGUCGUCGCCAGCGGCGCCCACUGGCCCGUCUCUCCAAUACGAGCCGCCGCCACCACCCGCCCCGAGAGUCCGGCCCCUGGGCCCCGAGGCUCAGCCCGCGGAGCGGCCUCCCCGGGACACCGCUGGGCGAGAGGAACGCGCCCGCGCCCUUGCCUUCGCCGUGGCCCAGCGCGCGGGCGGCGGGAUGAGGGGCAGCGAGCCGGCCGCCUCGGGGCUGCGGCCCCGGGGGCGGCUCUGGCCGGUGUUGGCGCUGCUGGCGGCCGCUGCGGCCGCCUGCGCCCGGGCAGCCAUGGACGAGUGCACUGACGAGGGCGGGCGGUCGCAGCGCUGCAUGCCCGAGUUCGUCAACGCCGCCUUCAACGUGACCGUGGUGGCCACCAACACGUGCGGGGCUCCGCCCGAGGAGUACUGUGUGCAGACCGGGGUGACCGGGGUCACCAAGUCCUGUCACCUGUGCGACGCCGGGCAGCCCCACCUGCAGCACGGGGCAGCCUUCUUGACCGACUACAACAACCAGGCCGACACCACCUGGUGGCAAAGCCAGACCAUGCUGGCCGGGGUGCAGUACCCCAACUCCAUCAACCUCACGCUGCACCUGGGAAAAGCUUUUGACAUCACAUACGUGCGCCUCAAGUUCCAUACCAGCCGCCCAGAGAGCUUCGCCAUUUACAAGCGUACGCGGGAAGACGGGCCCUGGGUUCCUUACCAGUACUACAGUGGCUCAUGCGAGAAUACCUACUCGAAGGCAAACCGCGGCUUCAUCAGGACAGGAGGGGAUGAGCAGCAGGCCUUGUGCACGGAUGAAUUCAGUGACAUUUCCCCUCUCACCGGGGGCAACGUGGCCUUCUCAACUCUAGAAGGAAGGCCCAGUGCCUACAACUUUGACAACAGCCCUGUGCUGCAGGAAUGGGUAACUGCCACUGACAUCAGAGUAACUCUCAAUCGCCUGAACACUUUUGGAGAUGAAGUGUUUAAUGACCCCAAAGUUCUCAAGUCCUAUUAUUAUGCAAUCUCUGAUUUUGCUGUGGGUGGUAGGUGUAAAUGCAACGGACAUGCAAGUGAGUGUGUGAAGAAUGAAUUUGACAAGCUGGUGUGUAAUUGCAAACAUAAUACUUACGGGGUAGACUGUGAAAAGUGUCUGCCUUUCUUCAACGACCGGCCGUGGAGGAGGGCAACUGCAGAGAGUGCCAGCGAAUGCCUGUCCUGUGACUGUAAUGGCCGAUCACAGGAGUGCUACUUUGACCCUGAACUUUACCGGUCCACCGGCCACGGGGGCCACUGUACCAACUGCCAGGGGAACACAGAUGGCGCCAACUGCGAGAGAUGCCGGGAGAAUUUCUUCCGCCUUGGGAACAACGAAGCCUGCUCUCCCUGUCACUGCAGUCCCGUGGGUUCUCUCAGCACACAGUGUGAUAGCUAUGGCAGGUGUAGUUGCAAGCCAGGAGUGAUGGGUGACAAGUGUGACCGUUGCCAGCCCGGGUAUCAUUCUCUCACUGAGGCAGGAUGCAGGCCAUGCUCUUGUAUUCCUUCUGGCAGCGUAGACGAGUGCAACAUUGAAACGGGAAGAUGUGUUUGCAAAGACAAUGUUGAAGGCUUCAGUUGUGAGAGAUGCAAACCUGGAUUUUUUAAUUUGGAAUCAUCUAAUCCUAGGGGUUGCACACCCUGCUUCUGCUUCGGGCAUUCUUCUGUCUGUACAAAUGCUGUCGGCUACAGUGUUUAUCCUAUAACCUCUACCUUUCAGAUCGAUGAAGAUGGGUGGCGGGUGGAACAAAGGGACGGCUCUGAAGCGUCACUCGAGUGGUCCUCUGAGAGGCAGGAUAUCACCGUCCUCUCGGAUAGCUACUUUCCUCGGUACUUCAUUGCUCCGGCGAAGUUCUUGGGCAAGCAGGUGUUGAGUUAUGGUCAGAACCUCUCCUUCUCCUUUCGGGUGGACAGGCGAGACACUCGCCUCUCUGCAGAAGACCUGGUGCUCGAGGGAGCUGGCCUGAGAGUGUCUGUGCCCUUGAUCGCUCAGGGCAAUUCCUAUCCGAGUGAGACCACUGUGAAAUACGUCUUCAGGCUCCAUGAAGCAACCGAUUACCCUUGGAGGCCUCCUCUUGCCCCUUUUGAAUUUCAGAAGCUCCUAAACAAUUUGACCUCUAUCAAAAUCCGUGGGACGUAUAGUGAGAGAAGUGCUGGAUAUUUGGAUGAUGUCACCCUAACAAGUGCUCGCCCGGGGCCUGGGGUGCCUGCCACUUGGGUGGAGUCCUGCACCUGUCCUGUGGGCUAUGGAGGGCAGUUCUGUGAGAUGUGCCUCUCGGGUUACAGAAGAGAAACUCCGAGUCUCGGGCCAUACAGCCCAUGUGUGCUUUGUACCUGCAACGGACAUAGCGAGACCUGUGACCCUGAGACAGGUGUUUGUGACUGCAGAGACAAUACAGCUGGCCCCCACUGUGAGAAGUGUGGGGAUGGGUUCUACGGAGAUUCCACGUCGGGCACCGCCUCCGACUGUCGGCCCUGCCCGUGUCCUGGUGGCUCGAGCUGUGCCUCUGUCCCCAAGACGCAGGAGGUUGUGUGCACCAGCUGCCCUGCCGGCACCACCGGUAAAAGGUGUGAGCUCUGUGAUGAUGGCUACUUUGGAGACCCUCUGGGUAGACACGGCCCUGUGAGGCUUUGCCGCCUUUGUCAAUGCAAUGACAACAUCGACCCCAAUGCGGUUGGAAAUUGUAAUCGCUUGACAGGAGAAUGCCUGAAAUGCAUCUAUAACACUGCUGGCUUUUACUGUGACCGAUGCAAAGAUGGAUUUUUUGGAAAUCCCCUGGCUCCCAAUCCAGCAGACAAAUGCAAAGCCUGUGCGUGCAAUCCCCACGGCACCUCAAAGCAGCAGAACAGCUGUAACCCUGUGACCGGGCAGUGCGAAUGUCUGCCCCACGUGACCGGCCGGGACUGUGGAGCCUGUGAGCCUGGAUUCUACAACCUGCAGAGCGGGCGGGGCUGUGAGAGGUGCGACUGCCACGCAUUGGGUUCCACCAAUGGACAGUGUGACAUCCACACUGGCCAGUGUGAGUGCCAACCUGGCGUCACGGGCCAGCACUGCGAGCGCUGUGAGGUCAACCACUUUGGGUUUGGACCCGAAGGCUGCAAACCCUGUGACUGUCAUCCUGAGGGAUCUCUUUCACUCCAGUGCAAAGAUGAUGGUCGCUGUGAAUGUAAACAGGGUUUUGUGGGAAAUCGCUGUGACCAGUGUGAAGAGAACUAUUUCUAUAAUCGGUCUUGGCCUGGCUGCCAGGAGUGUCCAGCAUGUUACCGGCUGGUGAAGGAUAAGGUUGCUGAUCAUCGAGUGAAACUCCAGGAAUUAGAGAAUCUCAUAGCAAACCUUGGAACUGGAGAAGAGGUGGUGACAGAUCAAGCCUUUGAGGACAGACUGAAGGAAGCGGAGAGAGAAGUUAUGGACCUCCUUCGAGAGGCCCAGGAUGUCAAAGAUAUAGACCAGAAUUUGAUGGACCGCCUCCAGAGAGUGAAUAACACCUUAUCCAGCCAAAUUAGCCGUUUACAGAAUAUCCGCAAUACCAUUGAAGAGACUGGAAACUUGGCUGAGCAAGCACGUGCCAGGGUAGAGAGCACAGAGCAGUUGAUUGAAAUUGCGACCCGAGAACUUGAGAAAGCAAAGAUUGCUGUUGCCAACGUGUCAAUCACUCAGCCAGAGUCUACAGGGGACCCAAACAACAUGACUCUUUUGGCAGAAGAGGCACGAAAGCUUGCUGAACGCCAUAAACAAGAAGCUGAUGAUAUCGUAAGAGUGGCAAUGACAGCUAAUGAUACAUCAACCGAGGCAUAUAAUCUGCUUCUGAGAACACUGGCAGGAGAGAACCAAACAGCACUUGAGAUUGAAGAGCUUAAUAGAAAGUAUGAACAAGCGAAGAACAUGUCACAGGAUCUGGAGAAGCAAGCUGCCCGAGUACACGAGGAGGCCAAAAGGGCUGGAGAUAAAGCGGUGGAGAUCUAUGCUAGUGUUGCCCAGCUGACGCCCGUGGACUCGGAAGCUCUGGAGAAUGAGGCAAAUAAAAUCAAGAAGGAAGCUGAGGAUCUGGACCGUCUGAUUGACCAGAAAUUAAAAGAUUAUGAGGACCUCCGAGAGGACAUGAGAGGGAAGGAACUUGAAGUCAAGAAGCUUCUGGAGAAGGGAAAGACUGAACAGCAGACUGCUGACCAGCUCCUAGCCCGAGCAGAUGCCGCCAAGGCUCUUGCGGAAGAAGCUGCUAAAAAGGGACGAAAUACCUUACAAGAAGCCAAUGACAUUCUCAACAACCUGAAGGAUUUCGAUAGGCGAGUGAACGAUAACAAGACUGCUGCAGAGGAGGCUUUAAGGAGAAUCCCUGCCAUCAACCAGACCAUAAUAGAAGCCAAUGACAAGACAAGGGAGGCGCAGCUGGCUCUGGGCAGUGCUGCCGCCGACGCCACCGAGGCCAAGAGCAAGGCCCACGAGGCGGAGAGGAUCGCCAGUGCCGUCCAGAAGAACGCUACCAGCACCAAGGCAGAAGCCGAAAGGACUUUUGCAGAAGUUACAGACCUGGAUAACGAGGUGAACAAUAUGUUGAAACAACUACAAGAAGCAGAAAAGGAGCUGAAGAGAAAACAAGAGGAUGCUGACCAGGAUAUGAUGAUGGCAGGGAUGGCUUCACAGGCUGCUCAGGAAGCCGAGAUCAAUGCCAGAAAGGCCAAAAACUCCGUUACCAGCCUCCUGCACCUGAUUAAUGAGCUCCUGGAGCAGCUGGGGCAGCUGGACACAGUGGACCUGAACAAGCUCAAUGAGAUCGAAGGCACCCUGAACAAAGCCAAAGAUGAAAUGAAAGUCAGUGAUCUGGACAGGAAAGUGUCUGAUCUGGAGAAUGAAGCCAGGAAGCAGGAGGCCGCCAUCAUGGACUAUAACAGAGAUAUCGAGGAGAUCAUGAAGGACAUUCGCAACCUGGAAGACAUCAAGAAGACCUUACCAUCUGGCUGCUUCAACACCCCGUCCAUCGAAAAGCCCUAGAGUCAUCUUUUAGGGCUGGAAGGCAGCACCCCCCAACCGGGGAGCCGUUGUGAGGCCAUAGAGUGCCUUAACACACAGAUUACAUUUUUUCAGACCCCCACUUCUCUGCUGCUCUCCACCACUGUCCUUUUGAACCAGGAAAAUUCACAAAGCUUAAAGAGAAGCAAGUCAGACAUCAUGAAUCGGGAACAAAGGGUUUUAUCUGAUAGUCUCUCUUCCACGGAAGGCACUCCCUUACCCACACUUUCCCUUCUGAGUCGCGUGAGGACGUGGCAUCUUACGUGAUCGUACAGUGGUGUAAACACUUCGUGAGAACCAUUGUCUGCCGGGGCUGAGCAAGUGGCCCUCCCUUUUCUCAUGGAUACUGGCAGAACCUCCUCGGUCUCAGUACUCUUGUUUCAUGAAGGAAAAGUUUGGCUACUAGUAGCAGCGUUGUGAUGGCCAGGAUAUCCAGUCUGUCGAUAAAGAAAGUGCACCUACAUCUACCACCCCUCCUCCUUUUACGAAAAAGGAAAUAAAUGUCCUGUGCCAAAGAUAUUGGUCACUUAGAACGUCAAGAGCCAUCAUCAGUUGCUUUAGCUAUUUUGAGUAUAGGACACUGAGCCAUCCACGGGUAAGGCUGCAAUUAUUCCUGACAGUCUCCAGGAGAAUGAGGCUGCAGAAGUAGGCCGAACAUUUUCUCAUAUGUUAAUAAUUGACUAGGAAGAUACACUUUUUUUCAGAUCUUUGGGCAGCUGAUAAAUCUGGAUGGGCAGCUUGCAGUCACCAAUAGACGUCUUCUGAUAUUCCUAUAAAUGGAAUUUAUACAGAAGAAAUAGGGAUAUGAUAACCACUAAAGUUUGUUUUGUUUUGUUUUCAAAAUCAAACUAAUUCCUAGAGCUUUUUUAGUGUGUUAGUCUUGGAACUAGUGCUGUUAUCUGGUAGAGAGCAGUUGAUCCCUAAGAUCUUGACAAACAAGAAACAAGCCGCCUUGUCCUAGUCUUUCCUCGCAGAGGGAUAAAACUCAGAUGCAACUUGUAUUGUCAGGAUCCCAUAUAUCCAUUUUUUUCUUCCAUUGGGGAGAGAUGACACUUUUGACCCUUAUCCUCAAUAUCUUCUGAUGUUCCCAUCUUCUAGGGUCCCUCUACACGCCUGCCAAAUCCUGGUGGCAAAUCCCUGCACUCAGUAGUUCACACAGCUGCCAGCACCAUCUAGAUCCUGCACUUUGUGAUUGAAACCCAUUCGAAACCUUCCCUCUCGGUGCAGAGGGAAGACCCGUAGGUGGACUUGCCUAGCUGGCUUCUCAACUUUGGAUCCUCAACUCUGUGGUUUUCUUUCAAGAUCACAGUGUGAAGAUUCUCUGCCCCACAACGCCUUCCUCCUACCAGCCCACCUUUGAGAUUCAUAUAUAUUGCCUUUAACACUAUGCAACUUUGUACUUUGCGUAGCGGGGGGAAAGAAACUAUUAUCUGACACACUGGUGCUAUUAAUUAUUUCAAAUUUAUAUUUUUGUGUGAAUGUUUUUUUUGUUGUUUAUCAUGAUUAUAGAGUAAGGAAUUUGUGUAAAUAUACUUGGUCCUAUUUCUAGAAUGGCACUGUCUGUUCACUUCUUCAUUUUCCCCCUUCACUGGCACAAUGUGUCUGUAUACCUCCUUCCCUUCCGUCUGCAGUCCUUUGCCUUGCUCCUGUCCCCCAUCGCUCGGCCCUGUGCCUUGUGUCUGCAGCAUGUUCAUUCUCUAGCGCCAAUGUCCACCCGCUUCCCUCCACACCCAGCCGCUCCGCAGGGAUGCCUCCCACCCUCCUCCACUGCAGGCCCGGCCCCCCGAAACUGCAGCCUGAUGUUCCUGAGGCCCGCUCCCGAGCAGGCAUGUCAGGUCAACAGGAGGUGCCGGGAUGAAGAUGUUUUGCUGAACGGCAUCUUCAGCAUCAAUGUGGGCCUAACCGGGAAUGAGCUAGAAAUGCCCUUUCCAACAGUUGGAGCUAUGGACGGGUCCAUUUGAGAAGGGAGUGCGUGAUCACUGAGCACUUAGAGGGCACCAGGGAUGGAGUACAGACAGGUAGAGUGGGAGCGGCCGUGCAUCGGGGUCUCCCCUUGCCGCCUGCUUGCAUACCAGAGUCGGCUCCAAAGGCUUUGACUUGGCAUACCCCUGGCUUUCCCUCGGCCGCUUCUACUGUUGCCAGAGGCCAGGCUCGUUCCUGCCAAGUUUUCACAUCAGCGUCUCCUAGCUAGUUCCUCGUGGUAAGUGGCCACCUCCUAACAGAGACAUUUUGUUCAAGGUCGCAGGACAAGGACUGUAGAUCGACUGCCGGGAUAGUUGUCCCUCUAGCCCGUGGGUCAGCCUCACACCAGUCAGUCGUAGGCCGCAGUGAAAUUUGGAGUUUUUUUGUUUGGUUUGGUUUGGUUGCUUUUCUCCUUCUCCAUCUGUGUAGUAUAUUUUUAAACAGAAUUUUAUUUUUAAAAUAAAAAGGCUCUUUAUAAGACAAUACCUUCAUUACACUCCUGCAAUAUGCAUUAUUUUAUUGUAUAGUUCUAGUUACCUGAAUUUCAUGUAAUAAAAUUGACAGGGUGGCUGCUGAAGAAUGCUGGGGGUCGCGGGGGGGCGCGUAUCCAGCUGCUCUCCGGAAUUCUUCCUUGUAAUCCCCAGGGUGGCCCUUUGAUAUGUGCCUUCACCUUAGCUGUUUGCCUUAAUCUCUACAGUCUCGCUCUCCAGGGUGGUGAAUAAAAUGCAACACUUGGCCUUUUUUUUUUAUGUUAAAAAAAAACCCAGUAUUUUAUUUAUAAUAAAAUCUGAAUAUUUGUAACCC